AAGAAAGAUUUAAUGGAAAUGAAAAAGGAUUAACUACUAUACAAGAGUCUGAAACUUCAGAGAUGUAUUAUCCAACGGAGAAAUUUUCACCUCGAAUGAAUAACGAUGGUGUUUCAUCGUUUUCAGAGCAGGUACCAGAAAACCUUCAAACCAUUUCGUCAAAUGCUGAAAAGGCUGACGGAUCGAUUAAUUCCCAAACAAUUCAACCAACGGAAGAGAUAAAUGGAACACUUUCUGUGGAACAAACACAAUCCCCAACUUCUUCAGUAAAAAUGGCAUUACCAGGUGCUCGUGAUAGAGCUUUAAAACGUAGUGAAUUCAUGCAGGCAGGGCCACCACUUCCAGCUUCUGUUCAAGAGAGGCGAUUAUUGCUCGCUACUCACUUAGCACGUCUUAAUAAUCAUGAUGUAGAUAUAAGUCUUUUCCGUAAGCUGGCUAGAUUAUCUAAGGAAACACCAUUAUCUAAGAGGGAAACCGCUUCAGAUAUCUGGGAAAAUGGAGAUAGAUUUUCUGAAUUAAUAACAGCAUUAAUAGGAUUCCUGAGCGAUUUUGAUGAGACCACUGAAUUAAGGGAGAAUGCAGUUAUGUUACUUGGUCAAUUGCUUAUUAAUCAGCCAGAUUACGUUAAUGGUUCUGAAAGAAUAGUUUUACGAAGUUUAUUAGAAUGUAGCUCUGAUUCAUCAGCCAACGUUUGUGGUCAAGCAGAAGAGAUUUUGGAGGCUUUUAUACAAGGAGUUGAUUGCAAAGUUGGCUUAUAUGCACUGAUCGAUAUAAUGGAGUCAACCUUAUUUGGUAGUUCUCUGGGCGUAAGUUCUCCUAGUGGUGAUAAUGUGUCUUCCAGUUCGCGGGUGUCUAUGAAAAAGUACGCCUUUGCGGCAUUAUCUUUACUAGUUAAAAGGUUUGAUAAAAAGUCUCUAGAAAGACAAACUGGCAGAAUUAUCCCAUUAGCAAUCAAGGGAUUUAAUGAUCAGAAAUCAGAGGUCCGUAAGGCUGUUGUUGAUACACUUGUUGCAGUAUAUUCGGUUGUCGGAGAUGACAAUACUUUAUUCCAAUACCUCGGGAGCCUAAAUCCUUCACAAAAAAGCCUUCUUGGUUAUUAUUUUGAUAAAAGUAAGAAGCAGCGGGAUAUAAUAGGAGGAAUUGUAUAG